GAGAUUCAUGGUCUUUUUAUCCUUUUAGAUUCUGAAAUACCCAUCAUCCAUGCUUGCUUCUUUUGCACCACCGAUCCUGUUUUUCCAACAUACUGUGGAUGUGGAGCCAAAUCUGCCUGUCGUGCGGUGGCUGCUUUCAAUUAUAUCUACCAAGCAAUGGAUUCUUAUGAAGAUGAGCAGAAUUGAUGCAAUGAAAAGGGAAAUGGAGGGCAAGGCAGCAUGGGGGCAUAGAAGGCUCUAGCAGAAUUGAAGCAUCAGAUAAUGCUUUAGUUAAUGCUUUAGUUUAGCAAUUUACUUUUCCCACUUAGAAAAUGAUAUUUUCUGUUUAAGCUCACUAAUUGAUUUUACUGUUCUUGUUUUGUGGUGUAUUGUACAUAAAGUUUGAACAGUGUA